CUCGACAAAGUCGGCCAAAACAAGCUUGGAGUUUUAAUUGCCGAAGGAUAAUCGCCCCUUUUCUGCUGUUUCGCCUUAAAAUUGUGGUUUAAAUCAAACGCCAACAACAGGGCUCGGUUAUCAUGCUGGGACAAGUGGUGUUUGCUUCGACUGCCCUGGGCUUGUUCACGGUGGUUGCUAUCGGAGUUAUGGUGUACAUGAACUAUCAGCAACAGCAGCAGAACCGCGGGGGUGGCCUUGGCCGACGCCGCUAUCAUAUCAGAUCGGACGAAUGGAAAGAAAGCAAUGCUCUGGACAGCGCUCCAUGCUCUAUUUGCCAGGACGAGAUCGGCGAGAUGCAGCGGUACACCCUGUCAUGCAAACACUCGUUUCACGAAGAAUGCAUCUUGGCAUGGAUCCCGAAUAAACUGGAAUGUCCCAAUUGCCGGAAGGCACUUUAACUGUGAGGAGUAGCCACCAGUGACUCCAUCGUGCUGUUUUCCAUAUCUGCUAAAUUUACUCCCGAUCUUUUAAAGUUGCAGACUCUUUUUUAUACAAUCGUUGUAGCUGUAGGACCAAACUAAAAAGCGCGUGCACCGGGAAGGCAGAGGACAGUGUGCUCUCAAUCGAAUGGUCAACAAUUUGAAAAUGCCUUAAUCUAAAAAUGUAGCGUUCCGUGCUGCAGUUCAAUGCUCGUUAAUGCUGCUCUUGAUAUUAACCAAGUGGCCGAACGACUGCACCAUGGUAACGAAGCGCCUGCCUCAUCGGCUUAAGAGGUAGCAGAGACGUAUCAAUAGAAGCCUUCUCGUAGAUCUAGUGGUGGUGUCCCAAUGUUCCCGAAAAGUGCGAUUUCGGAGAAUACUUAAAGCAAUCGAAGCAAUAUCGAAUCCAUUAAAUAAAGAAUAACGUCGAACCAAUA